AAAGCCUAAACAUUUGGUAAAUGGUACAAAGGUCGAGCUCGCUGUUUUUCUCAGUGCGCAUGUGCGGGUGCUGCGAGCUGUUCGCUCGUUGAAUGUUUCGGCCUUUUUAUGGUGGAAAUUGCAUCUUCCCGACGAAACAUCGUCUGCCCGCUUCACUGAUAGCCAUCCCGUUUCGUCUUCGUAUAUCGACUUCUGUCAUGUCUUACCGUCCCAAUUACCAAGGGGGCCGCCGGGGCGGCGGUGGAGGCGGACGCCGGGGCGGCGGAGGCGGCGGUGGCGGCAGAGGACGCGGGGGACGUGGCGAGCAGCGGUGGUGGGACCCGGCAUGGCGUGCCGAGCGCCUGAGGCAGCAAGCCGCUGAGAAAGAAGUACUGGAUGAAAAUGAGUGGUGGGGUAAGAUGGAGCAAAUGAAGAGGAGCGGUGAUCAGGAGAUGAUAAUAAAGCGUAAUUACCGUCGGGAAGACCAGCAAACCUUGUCUGAUAUGGCUUAUCAGUUGGGGCUUUACUUCCAUGCGUAUGACAAAGGGAAGGCACUUGUUGUAAGCAAGGUUCCAUUGCCAAAUUAUCGGGCUGAUCUUGAUGAACGUCAUGGAUCGACACAAAAAGAGAUUCAAAUGCCUACAGAAAUCGAGAGAAGAGUUGGUAAUCUUUUGGACAGUUCAAAAGGUGCAGUGCCUGUUGAAGAUUCCUCUGGUGCAUCCUGUAGUUCCCGUGAGGCGGGUUUGGCUGCAAAAGCCUCUAGUGCAUCUUCUCAGGGGACCAAAAAACUGUUUGUGACUGCAGAUGAUACUCAACCUGCCUCUGCAUUGAAUAAUGAUAUGGCCAAGGAGAAGCUUAGUGCAGAACUUAAGCAUGAGCAGGAAAGAGCAAAGGCAAGUAAUAGUGCAAAGACUAUGCAGUCAUUUAGAGAAAAACUUCCUGCAUUCAAAAUGAAAUCUGAGUUUCUUAAAGCUGUCGCUGAAAAUCAGGUAUUGGUAGUUUCUGGAGAGACUGGUUGUGGUAAAACCACACAGCUCCCUCAAUUCAUUCUUGAAGAGGAAAUAUCAUCUCUACGCGGUGCUGAUUGCAGCAUAAUAUGUACUCAACCACGCCGUAUAUCUGCCAUUUCUGUUUCAGCACGGAUAGCUUCUGAAAGGGGAGAAAGUCUUGGUGGAACUGUUGGUUACCAGAUCCGCCUGGAAGCAAAGUGCACUGCUCAAACACGACUACUGUUUUGCACCACUGGAGUAUUACUUCGGCGAUUGGUUCAGGACCCAGAUUUAUCAGGUGUGAGCCAUUUGCUAGUGGAUGAAAUACAUGAAAGAGGUCUGAAUGAGGACUUCUUGUUGGUGAUAUUGCGGGACCUUCUUCCUAGGAGACCAGAUCUACGUCUUAUUCUGAUGAGUGCUACCAUUAAUGCUGACUUGUUCUCCAAAUAUUUUGGAAAUGCUCUUACCAUCCAUAUACCGGGAUUGACAUUCCCUGUGGUAGAGUUAUUUCUUGAAGAUGUGUUGGAAAAAACUCGUUAUAAUAUCAAAUCAGACUUCGACAAUUUUCAAGGGAAUUCAAGGAGGAGGAGAAGAGAGCAAGAUUCCAAGAAAGAUCCUUUGACCGAAUUAUUUGAGGACGUGGAUAUCAAUUCUCAAUAUAAAAACUACAGUUCAUAUACAAGACAAUCUCUUGAAGCUUGGUCUGGUUCGCAACUUGAUUUGGGUCUUGUGGAAGCAACAAUUGAAUAUAUUUGUCGUCAUGAAGGCGAUGGUGCAAUUCUUGUGUUCCUUACUGGCUGGGAUGACAUUUCAAAGAUUCUUGACAAGGCUAAAGCAAACAAUUUUCUUGGAGAUCCAAGCAGAUUUCUAGUCCUUCCACUACAUGGUUCAAUGCCAACCAUCAAUCAACGUGAAAUAUUUGAUAGACCACCCCCUAAUGUGAGAAAAAUUGUGCUGGCAACAAAUAUUGCUGAGAGCAGUAUCACCAUAGAUGAUGUAGUAUAUGUCAUCGACUGUGGAAAGGCAAAGGAAACUAGUUAUGAUGCUCUAAACAAAUUGGCUUGUCUCUUACCAUCAUGGAUUUCAAAGGCUUCAGCACAUCAGAGACGAGGUCGUGCAGGCCGUGUACAACCUGGAGUUUGUUAUAGACUCUAUCCGAAGAUGAUCCAUGAUGCAAUGCUAGAGUAUCAGUUACCAGAAAUUCUUCGAACACCUUUGCAAGAACUAUGCUUGCACAUCAAAAGUUUACAGCUUGGAUCCAUUGGAUCCUUCUUGGCAAAGGCACUUCAGCCACCAGAUCCUCUCUCUGUUCAAAAUGCAAUUGAACUUCUUAAGACGAUUGGGGCUUUAGAUGAUGAUGAGGAGCUUACUCCUCUUGGUGGCCACCUUUGCACUAUUCCUUUGGACCCAAAUAUUGGCAAGAUGCUUCUUAUGGGGUCUAUCUUUCAAUGUCUUAAUCCUGCCUUGACAAUAGCAGCUGCUCUUGCAUAUCGUAACCCAUUUGUCCUUCCAAUAAAUAGGAAAGAGGAAGCUGAUGCUGCAAAACGAUCUUUUGCUGGAGAUUCUUGCAGUGAUCACAUAGCACUUCUUAAAGCAUUUGAAGGAUGGAAGGCUGCAAAACGAAAUGGGAAGGAAAGAGCCUACUGUUGGGAAAACUUCUUAUCACCAGUAACCUUGCACAUGAUGGAGGAAAUGAGAAACCAAUUUCUUGAUCUACUGUCAGACAUUGGUUUCGUAAAUAAAUCCAGGGGUCCAAGUGCUUAUAACCAAUAUAGUGAUGAUUUGGAGAUGAUAUGUGCCAUCCUUUGUGCUGGGCUCUAUCCAAAUGUUCUGCAAUGCAAAAGACGGGGAAAACGGACUGCUUUCUACAGUAAAGACGUUGGGAAAGUUGAUAUCCAUCCAGCAUCUGUCAAUGCUGGGGUUCAUCUCUUCCCUUUGCCUUAUAUGGUUUACAGCGAAAAGGUGAAAACUACAAGCAUUUACAUCCGCGAUUCAACAAAUAUAUCAGAUUAUGCCCUACUCAUGUUUGGUGGUAGUUUAAAUCCAAGCAAAAAUGGAGAGGGUAUUGAAAUGCUUGGAGGUUACCUUCAUUUUUCAGCUUCAAAGAGCGUGCUAGAAUUGAUCCAGAAACUGCGAGCAGGACUUGACAAACUUCUGAGGAGGAAGAUUGAGGAACCAAGUCUUAACAUUACUGAAGAGGUAAAGGGGGUGGUAGCUGCUGUGGUCGAGCUGCUGCGCAAUCAAAAUGUUCGAUACUGAAUUUUGUAGGAUUUUUCACAAAUUAAAGCAGGUGGAAACAGAUUCCUUCCCCCUUAAGGCAUCAAAAUUUUCCCUUGAUAAGAUGUGUUAAGGACAAUGAGUUGUUAUGUUUUGUAGUUGUAACGUUAAUAUUUUCACAAGUGAAACGAGGUUCCUCUGUUAUAUCAUGAAAGAUAACGAGGGGAAUUCUCUAAUAUUUGUUAAAUGAAAGCCCCUAAUGGCAGCUGUUCUAAUGUA